CGGCGAGUACAUCCCUCGCCCGAGGUCACCGGCAAAGUUCACCUGCAACUGGGAGGCGCCCCUGCGUCCCCCUGCCCGGUUCAGUCGAUGGAAAAGGGUCCGGUGCGUGCCCCGGCGGAGAUGCCGCGGGGUGCCCGGUGCAGUAAUGGGUUUCCCGAACGGGAGUCGCCGCGAGCAGGAGCCAGCCGGCCAGCGGAAAAGCCCCCGCGGCCCGAGGUGGACGGCUGGAAGGGCGAGCGGCCGCGCCGCGAGGAGGAUAAUGAGCUGAGCCUCCCCAACCUGGCGUCCGCCUACGCGUCCAUCCUGCGCUCGCUGGGCGAGGACCCGCAGCGGCAGGGGCUGCUCAAGACGCCCUGGAGGGCGGCCACGGCCAUGCAGUUCUUCACCAAGGGCUACCAGGAGACCAUCUCCGAUGUCCUGAACGAUGCUAUCUUUGAUGAAGACCAUGAUGAGAUGGUGAUUGUGAAGGACAUCGAUAUGUUUUCCAUGUGUGAACAUCAUCUGGUUCCAUUUGUUGGAAAGGUUCAUAUCGGUUAUCUUCCUAACAAGCAAGUCCUCGGCCUUAGCAAGCUUGCCAGGAUUGUAGAAAUCUACAGUCGAAGACUACAAGUUCAAGAACGCCUUACUAAACAGAUUGCCGUGGCCAUCACAGAAGCGCUGCACCCUGCUGGAGUUGGGGUCGUGGUUGAAGCAACAAAGCCAAAUAAAAUAAUUAACAAAGGGGUGAGUCCUCUACUUUGUUCUUGCCACCUUUUAGUGGCAACACUAAAGAGAAUGGCCAAUCAUGUAAAUCAAAUGCACAAAACCAUUCAGAGAGAUGAUGGGAGGGGGCCAGGGAAGAGGGUGUUUGCGUGCUGUGUUGAUAGUGUUGGUGUGGGCAGAACUCUGAGGGCUCUGCUGCUGUUUCACCCUUGGAUAAAAACUGUGCUGCCGGGAGUGCCGGAGGAAUCUGGCACGGUGUGUGGCUCUGCGCUGUGAAUUCAGAGUCUAAAG